AUGGUUGAGAUUACGAAUUCGUCGGAGUCGUUAGCCAACGCGGCAACAACGGUGCCAUUAGCAACAUCCAAGUCGCCCACUGUAAACAUCAUCAUUACUGGCGAAUGCCAACAGGGUAAAAGCACACUGAUCCGCCAGCUUAUUCGAUAUGCUGGAGCCAAAGAUGUACCAAUUGGAAUUGGUGAUGGAAACAGAGCCUGCACGAUGGAUGUCGGUAAUUAUGACAUACCAAUCAAACUCCGCGCUUUCCAGCUCAUCGAUGCCGCUGGUCAGCCAAUCAAAAGAGAGCAGUACCCUGAUCUUAUUGCACUUGAAGAGGACGAUAUCAAAGUCGUGGAAGUGGGCGACAUUGAUGCUCCUACGGUUACGUUCCGCUUUGUUGAUACACCUGGUCUCAAUGAUACCCAAGGAGAGGAUUACUCUAUAAUGAGCCGAAUCCUGACCCGUGCUGCCGAUCUAGGUCAUGUAAAUGCCCUAGUCUACGUCCGCAGCGUCGAGAGUAACUUCGGCUCAUCCUUCAAGAACUUCUUCAGAUACAUCCAGCAAUCUAUGCCCAGCAUCUCCAGUGGACUAAUCGUAGUCCAUUCCUGCUUCACUGUGGACAGAGUUGUGGAGUUCCUUGAGGAGAAUCAAAAGCUUGAUGAUAUCCGGCGCCAAGCCUUCGAGUCAGCCACCGACCUCAAGCUAGAGCACUUCUUCAUGGACAACUCGCCCGAUCCCACGUCGCCAUUCGCCGUUUCCCAAUCUCUCAACGAGAUUUUCCGCUUUCUUCAGCACCUCGUUUCUCAGAAGCCUCUGCCGGUGACGAGUAUGAAACUUCUGAAGACUGAAGAUAUGAAGCACAUAGAUAUUCAUGUUUCUAACGCGCUCAAAAGUCUCCAACAUCGUCUAAACAAAUCCUGGAACGAAGAGAAAGGCAACGCCGAAACCGUGAAAGCCAAUGCCAUGUCGGCGCAGCGGGAAAUUAGCAAGCUUAAGAGCAAGAUUGAGACGCGCCAAUCUAGGAUUAGACUUCUCAAUACCGAUGAAGAAAUUUUGCUGGGAAAGAAGAGUUGUAUUGAAAACUACAGCUUCUUUGGGGAUCUCUGCGUCAAGGGAAAACUAAAUCUCGGUAACUUCGACCUGACGUACGACUCGGAGUACCCGAUCACUUCUGUCACAAAGACUUGUUCACCAGGGAGCAAGUGGCAGCAUGAAGAACUUCGAGGCUCGCAUUGGUCAGGCAAACUUUUUGGGAACCUGUUCCGAGAUGUUAAUGGCACCGCUACCUUCUAUACAACCAGUAAGCUCAAGCACCAAGCAGAGAUUGAAACUUUGGAAGCGGCUGUAGUGGACCUACAGGACCAUCUGGAGUCCCAAAUGGAGACGCUUUCACGAAACACUAAUGGUGGAGCGCCUGAUACCAAGCUCUCGAGGUUAGGAGAUACGCUAGCCAGAGUUGAGGAGAUAGUGGAAGUAGCAGAGCGAGACUGGUUUGACGUGAACCUCUGGCCGCAAUUCAAGGCCUUCUACACCAAACACACUACCCCAACGCUAGAUGAUAUUCGGGCCUAUGUUAAGGUGUAUGAUGAGGAUGUUGGGAAGUUGCUGUAA